AUGAAGAAGGAUCAUCUUCAAAAGCAGAUCGGUACCACGUUUGUGGUACUCAAGGCGUUGCGAGAAGGUUUCCUCGUGUUACGCUACCCAUCUGGAACGAGCGUCGCGCGAAAGUUGCCGAUUUCUCAAGCGGUUGUAGGUAUUGUCGACGAUGUUAUCACCGACCAGAAGUUCGAAGUUGCUAAGUACAGCCAAUUGACGAACGACGACAAGAAAGUUGUCUAUGAUUUGUUCAAAAUCACGCGCUACGAUCAAAUGUUGCGCAAUCCAUUGAUGAAUCCGUACGAGUUGGAUGAAGCUCAGAAGUAUCUACUCGAGCUCGACAAACCAAAGGGCAACUCAUCUUGG